UCUAACCUCCCCCCGGAGACCAUCGUAGGCGCGGUGCCAAGCAGAGAGGGGAGGGCGAGACGGGGGGGCAACCUCUUUGGGACUAACUCAUGAAGAACAAGGGUGCCAAGCAGAAGCUGAAACGAAAGGGAGCCGCCAGCGCCUUCGGCUGUGACCUGACGGAGUAUCUGGAGAGCUCAGGACAGGAUGUUCCAUAUGUAUUGAAGAGCUGUGCAGAAUUUAUAGAGACUCACGGCAUCGUGGAUGGAAUUUAUCGUCUUUCAGGAGUCACCUCAAACAUACAACGGCUAAGGCAGGAGUUUGGCUCAGAUCAAUGUCCAGAUCUGACAAGGGAAGUGUACCUCCAGGACAUCCACUGUGUGGGCUCCCUCUGCAAGCUGUACUUUCGGGAGCUGCCCAACCCCCUCCUGACUUACGAGCUCUACGAGAAAUUCACGGAGGCGGUGUCUCAUUGCCCAGAAGAAGGCCAACUGGCCCGAAUCCAAAAUGUUAUCCAGGAGCUCCCCCCAUCCCAUUACAGGACCUUGGAAUACCUGAUUCGACACCUGGCCCACAUUGCAUCCUUCAGCAGCAAGACCAACAUGCAUGCCAGGAACCUGGCCCUGGUGUGGGCACCAAACCUCCUCAGGUCUAAAGAAAUUGAAGCCACUGGUUGCAAUGGAGAUGCAGCCUUCCUCGCAGUCCGGGUCCAGCAGGUGGUGAUUGAAUUCAUACUGAAUCAUGUGGAUCAAAUCUUUAACAACGGUACACCCGGGUCACUGGAGAACGAUGAAAACCGGCCGAUCAUGAAGAGCCUGACCCUGCCUGCCCUCUCACUGCCCAUGAAAUUGGUGAGUCUGGAGGAAGCUCAGGCCCGGAGCCUGGCUACUAAUCAUCCCGCCAGGAAGGAAAGAAGAGAGAAUAGCCUGCCUGAGAUUGUCCCCCCCAUGGGCACCCUCUUCCACACUGUCCUUGAGUUACCAGACAACAAAAGAAAGCUCUCCAGUAAAUCCAAGAAGUGGAAAUCAAUAUUUAACCUGGGACGUUCUGGAUCAGACUCCAAAUCAAAGCUGAGUAGAAACGGGAGUGUAUUUGUGAGAGGACAGAGGCUCUCAGUGGAAAAGGCUACCAUCCGACCAGCUAAAAGCAUGGACUCACUGUGCUCAGUGCCUGUGGAAGGGAAAGAAACCAAAGGAAAUUUCAGUCGAACCGUCACCACUGGUGGAUUUUUCAUCCCAGCAGCGAAAAUGCACUCGACUAGCACUGGCAGCUCCUGUGACCUCAGCAAGCAGGAGGGUGAAUGGGGCCAGGAGGGGAUGCCGGCAGGGGCGGAGGGCGGCUUUGAUGUGAGCGGAGACCGAAGCCAGCUACAGGACGCUCAGGCCCGGGCCCCGCCUGAGCAGCUGAAGGUGUUCCGACCCAUUGAAGAUCCCGAGAGCGAGCAAACAGCCCCGAAGAUGCUGGGUAUGUUCUACACCUCAAACGACAGCCCCAGCAGAUCUGUCUUUACCAGCAGCCUCUUCCAAAUGGAGCCUUCUCCCCGUCACCAGCGCAAGGCCCUGAACAUUUCCAAGCCCUUCGCUGUGUCUGUGCCACUUCGCGUGUCAGCUGUCAUCAGCACCAACAGCACUCCAUGCAGAACCCCCCCAAAGGAGCUACAAUCUCUUUCCAGCCUGGAAGAGUUUUCUUUCCAGGGCUCAGAGAGUGGAGAGUGGCCCGAAGAGGAGAAGUCACUGAGCGCUGAGACUUCUACAGCAUCUGUACCUAAGAAGGCAGCUCUCGAGAAUACCAAGCCAGGACCAGACACAGUGAGAACAGUGGAAUGCAGCAAAGACCUUCCCCUGGAGCAAGGCACCCAAGUGGAGGAGAAGAAAACCUCAGAAAGCCUCCUAGACUCUCAGAAUUCAAGUGAAUUAGAGAAGAAGCUGGAUGCAGAGAAGGUGGUGGAGGAGAGGGGAGAGACCAGCCAGCUGGGGGCCACUGAUCUUCAGGAGAACCCCGGGGCCAGAGCCGAAGCAGUGUUUCUCCAUGAGAUGGAUGAAGAUGAUCUAGUCAACGCCCUGAUCUGGCCUGAGAUUCAACAGGAGCUGAAAAUUAUUGAAUCUGAGGAGGAACUCUCCUCCUUGGCACCACCUGCUCUAAAGAUCAGCCCAACUCAGCGUAUUCUUGAAUCUAGUCCAGGGCCUUUUGCUUCCCCGGAGGCCCCUGGGAGCUCCACCCCAGCUCCAGUCUCCACCCCUCUGGAGGAGUGGACUAAGAAUCCAACCAAUCAGAGCACACCUGGCACUUCCACAGCAGCCAAUAGAGAAAAGCUGGAGACAGCCAGCAUCCUCCCUAGAUCUGAGCCAGAGCCCGAAAAGGGCCAGCGCCCAGACCCUGCCAGCCUGACUCCUCUGGAAAUAGUUCCAUUGGAGAAGUCUUCUCCACAAGCAAGGAUGGAAGUGGGAGUCCCAAGGAAUCUGUCUCCUCUGCUCCCACCUGCUGCUCCCACUCCAACACCUUUAGAGGAGGAACCUCGAGUCCAGCUAUUGAAGAGUGGCCCUGAGAGAGAAGACUUAUCUGGGAAUUUGAGAGCCAAUCCAUAUGCAGACCAGCUGAAGUCCAAAGGCAGCACUGGGAUCCCCAGUCUUUGUCAGGGAGACAAGGCCUCUUCAGAAGAAAGUGAAAAGCAAAAUUCAAAGAGUGCUGCUCCUGAGAGCAAAGGCUCUAGUUCUCCUAGCCCAACCAGGGAGGAGGCUGAGAUUUCCCCACAAGGAGAGGAGGAUGCUGCCCACUCAGUACAGGAGCCCUCAGACUGUGAUGACGAUGACACUGUGACAGACAUUGCCCAGCAUGGCCUGGAGAUGGUGGAGCCCUGGGAGGAGCCCCAGUGGGUGACAAGCCCCCUGCACUCACCCACCCUUAAAGAUAUACAAGAGACCCAAAUGCAGGGCCCCCAGGGCCACCGACUAGAAAAGAGGCUUUCUCACAGACCCAGCCUUCGCCAGAGCCAUUCUCUAGAUGGCAAAACCAUGGUUAAGAGCCAGUGGACUCUCAAGGUUUCCUCCUCCAGCAGUUGUGCUGAUCUUGAAGCAGAGAGAAAUCCCAACCCCCUGCAGCCCUUGGCACCCAGGAGUGAGAUUACUGGGUGGAAUGAGAAAGCCAUGAGGUCCUUUCAAGAGUUUUCUGGCCUGAAAAGGACAGAGGUUCCUCCCAAGCAGCAGGCACCAGGUGGUUUGCAGCCCACAUCAGCAGAAUCCAGCCCUGUCAGUCUAACAGAAGGAAAGCAACUGGGGACACACUUGGGGCCACACAACCCUCAGGUUGAGCAUGGUGGUGAUCCUGAGCCAGAAAGCAGCAAGGAGAACUCACCUGGUGUGCAGGACCACACCUCACCUGGAGAGCAUCCCCCUAAGUUCCAGCUCAAGAGCAGUGAGGGUGGGGCCGCGAAGGGGAAAAAUAGGCCUUCGUCUCUCAACUUGGACUCCACCAUUCCCAUCACUGACCUCUUCCGGUUUGAGAAUGCAGCCUCAUUUGGGUCACCUGAAGUGCAACUCUCUGAGCCAGGAGACCCAAAGGUCACAUGGCUGACCUCAUCUCAUGGUAAAGUAGACCCCUGGAGGGUUUACUCCCAGGACUCUCAGGACCUGGACAUGGUUGCUCAUGCCCUGACGGGCCGCCGUAACUCAGCUCCUGUGAGUGUGUCAGCUGUGAGAACCUCCUUCAUGGUCAAAAUGUGCCAGGCCAGGGCAGUCCCAGUCAUCCCACCCAAGAUUCAGUACACUCAGAUCCCACAGCCCCUGCCCUCUCAGAGCUCAGAGGAGAGUGGGGCUCAGCCCCUGGAGAGGAACCAAGAGGAACCUGGCUUCACUGGUGGGACCUCUCAGAAACUUAGCAAAGAUGAUUCUCUUUCCUCCUUGGAAAGCCCAAAGGAAGAAAAGCCAAAGCAAGAUACAGGAGCCAUUGGGUCCUUGCCAGUGGAUACCACUGCAUCUCGUGUGUGCGAGGGACCCACCCUUUCUCCAGAACCAGGUUUGACCAACCUGCUGACCACUCAGGAUGCAGUAGUGCAGUGUAGAAAGCGCACAUCAGAGACAGAGCCAUCUGGGGACAACCUUCUUUCUUCAAAAAUAGAGCGCUCAUCAGGGGGUUCUAAGCCUUUCCAUAGGUCUAGACCAGGAAGACCUCAGAGCCUAAUCUUAUUCAGUCCUCCUUUCCCCAUUAUGGACCACCCACCCCCCUCAUCUACAGGGACAGAUUCCAAGGUCCUGCUGUCCCCUAUCAGAAGUCCCACGCAGACAAUUUCCCCUGGCCUACUUUGCGGGGAGUUGGCAGAAAACACAUGGGUCACACCAGAAGGGGUUACACUUAGGAAUAAAAUGACCAUCCCUAAGAAUGGCCAGAGACUGGAGACCUCAACAAGCUGUUUUUACCAGCCCCAGCGGAGAUCAGUGAUUCUGGAUGGAAGAAGUGGAAGGCAAAUAGAAUGACAUCAGUUCGCCUGCUGGUACCUGAGAAAAUGUCAUGAUUCAUCUGGAAGUUAUUACAAAGGCUCCUUGCCUAUAUUCCAGGCAGAGGUUAUCCAAGUUUGGGCUUAUUUUGGCCUCUUCUUCUCUUUCUUUAGCCUUUUGACCAUUUAUUAAUUAGGCCAUUUUCCAGAAGAGAGGUCAGGGGAAGGACAAGAGAUGACAUUUAAAUAAGCCUACUUGAGCAGGCAGGGAAAGUUCAGAUAAGGGAAAAGGAUGAAAUGCUGGCCUCCAGUGAUAUGUGGGGCUUAAACAUGUUGCAUCACUCCCCCAUUGCCAUUAUCUAGUGCUGUUAAGAGGGGAUGUGAGAAUAUCUUUUGAAAGAGAAACCUUUUGCCUAUGUUGACAAAUGUUGCUAUUGAGGUUUGAAGGCCUCCUAUUUACUUCAUGCUUUUUAAUGCUCUUUAAAGCAUGUGUUCUUUUAGAUGAGUUUUCUGAUAAGCUUUGUAAAAGUGUACUAUCCAGAGUAGAAGCAGGUUUGGAAAUGCAAACUAACGUACACUUAGAUAUCCAAGUGGGUGAAUUUACCCAUGCUUUCCCUGAAUCCCUGCAGACCUAUCCCAGAUGGCUCCAUACACCAGCAUAGAAAAAUCAGAAUGUAUUCUCAAGAGCAAACUCUGAGACUGGCACAAUUCAAGAAGACUUUCUGGGUCUGGCUUUAUUAAUUUGGGACUCGACUGUCCUGCCUCUGAUUUAUAAAUUCAGUAGUUGGGGAGGAUGGGAGCUGAGCUGAGGGUUACCUCAGUGAAAUGUGCUGAAUAUUCAUUUAGGUGUGUGAUAGUGAAGUGAUCUGCUCUCCUUCCAGUGUCAGAGUUCAUGAACAGGAUGUCAUCAUAGAGAAAAGCCUCACACAUAGGCAGAACUACAUUCUAAACUUGCAGUGCUUAAGUCAAUGGGACAUUCGUAAAAAACACCUCUAGCUCAGCUUCACUCUCCUUCCUCAGCUGGGGCCAGAGUAUAGGAGAAGAUAAGGGGGGAAUCCCAGGAGGAGAGAGAAGGACCCAUGUGGGGCGGCCAUCAUGCCCACUUGACCGCUGCGCUUCUUGAUGCCUGCCUUCCUCAUUGUCCCUCCACUGCUGAACAGCAGCUUUGAGGCACUCCUCCCCUUUCCAUAGUCCUCCUCAUCCACCACCCUCCCCAGUGCUCAGCCUUGCUCUCCUCCUGUCUGUACGCAAGCAGAAGCAAUAAACCAAUCUGAUCUUAUUUUAGUUACUUAGAACAUCAAGUGGUUCUUUCCAACUGGAGAGAGAAAGGAGGAUUAACAUAACCUGCUGACAGAUUUUUGGUGCUUUUUCCAAAAAGGGCAUCUUCACAGGAGCCCUGCUCAAGGCAAAACCCAUCAAGGUAUCAACACUUUCAGACCUUCAAGGACAACUAUCUUGUUUGAGAAACAAAGAAAGCAUAGGACCUAUUUUUAGCCCUGUGCACCUCUUCUCAGGUUCAAGGCUGGCUGAACUCUGUCCAGAAGCUCAGUCACUGCACAUAUUUCUCUUAAGAGCUAGCAGUACCUCUGGGCUGACCUCACCACCAAGGCUGGUACUGGGCUGGAUUACGGGCUGAACUGAAGUUACCUCCUUGAGUGAGAAAUUGGAAGCUAAUGCCCUCCAACAGUUACAUAUUGCUCUUUCCCUUCUUCUCUGAUAAGUCUUACUGAGUUUUGAAACCUUGUCCUAUACUUUUAAAAUCAGUAUCUAUGGCAGAGAUAACUGGCAGGCCAGCCGAUGAGCUCUGCUUUCAGAGGGCACUGAGUGAGUAAGGGGAACAGUUAAUAGGCCUUUAGUCUGUGUUUUUUGCAUUCUCAUUGGGUGAGCAAGAUGUCGGACCAACAGCCAGUGAGAUGUAAACCCAUAAGAAAAGUCCUUCAAGUAUAUUUUUCCCCCUAGGCAAGCAAGGUGAAGGAGUAUAGUGAUGCCAGAUGAGAAAGGCCACAUUCAGAUUUGAAAAGGACAUUUCUGCCUUAUCAAAUGUGGCCAGUAGGCUGUAUGUCAAUCUCAGUACACCGUGGUAUCUACGUUUUGAUAAAGAUCAUGUUCCAGUUAGGAGGUGAGAGAAGGAGGGAACUGCACUUUGCUUCACCAUCAGAACUCUGAGCCAAGUUUAUGAUGAUGUUAAAUUUUCGUUUGUAACACUUAAAGGAUAUAUUUUAAUUUGGGGAUAGACUGAGAAGUCACCAUUAACAAGUGAGUUCAACUUGAGGCACCCAUGUAAAUUUAUUAAAUGACUGCCAUGUUGCUUAGAUUGUGACAUCUUUCAUUGUAGCAUCUUCAGGGGUUUUUAUGUGUGGAUGUCAUCAUGAAAUAACAACUGAAGAUAUUCUCUACUCUGAGUUUUCCUGGCCAAUCAAUCCAGAAGGCCUUGGAAGCUGACUCACCUUCUUGGUCAGUGUCCUGCUGCUAUAGUGUGGACCUCUCCAUCUUCAUAAGCUUCCUGGGGCAAGCCUGGCACUGAUGACAUUCCAUUGCAUGACAGGGAAAACUCAUUACAUUUCUCUCUUGAAAUUGUUCCCCCCAAAUCUGAGAUUACCUAUUUGGAUAUCCACUUGGGGCUGAAAAAUGAACCCCUCUGAGAAUGGCUGGAUGGAAAUAAGACUGCCUGCUUCUAUCCAGGGGAAGGAAGAGAAGAGGUGCUGCUGUUUAUAGGAGGAUCUACAUGGUGCCCUAGAAAGGGCUACAGAAACAGAUUCUCAAAGGGCUAUUGAUCCUCAAUAUGGGGGUGGCUCAAAUUCAACUAUUGGUCCUCAACAUGGGGGUGACUGAUUUAAAACUUGAAUUUAAAGUGGAAAACAUGCAUAUUCUAAUGUUUCUUUCAGUGUUAAUGGCUGCUUAAGAGGAUAAUAACCUAUAUUUUGGCAAAAUGGCCCUCGCAAGCCAACCUUUCCCCCCAACUUUUUUGCCAAAAUGUACCAGGUAGAAGGAAUUUGGCUUUUAUUCUCUGCUUCAAAUGGAAUAUGAAAAGGCCUGACCAAAAACCCCAUUAAGACACUGUUAUCCUAAUCUAAGCCUUAAAGUUCAAAAUAUUGGCCGAGGCAAAAUUCCGUAUUCUGGGGAGAUUAAAAAUGUAAACAUCAUCCUCACAGACAAUAUUUGGCAAGAACUUAGUAAUAACUGGGCACUUUAGAACUCUGAAAUUCUUGAAGACUCUAGUGAAAAGGGGGAGAAGGAUGGUAGCAAAUGAAAUGGCCUAUAAGCAACUAGUAGCAAGAUUUAGACCCAUUAAGUUACCAAAUGAAAGCAGAAGGGGGAAACAGGCAGCAACUUAGCACCUUGUAAUAUGAUUGCUAAUAGUGCGCAAGUUACCCAGACUCUACUCAAAUGAAACACAAUUACAAAUCCAGUAGAAGGUACUAGGAAGACAUUCAGGUGUUGAGAAUUCUGCUUUGGUCAAUUAACACAAUUAGAGUGGUGACUAAGAAUAAAUAAUUCUGAGGUUUUGUGUGGUCUUAAUUAGUUUGGCUGUGAAAUCCUCUUGGAUCUUUGCAGAUGAACCAGGUAACAUCAGGGUUCCAUACUCCUUGAGAGGGGGUUUUAGACACUUCCAUUCAUCACAAAAUGGGUUAACUCCUGUUGGUAAUGAAGUCAUAGGUCCAAGAUAUAUUACUUUCAUGUCUAAUGUUUAACACAUGGUAAUAACAUUUGCCUCAAGUUGGGUGGAGCAGUCAUUUGUCUACACAGGCCUGUUCUGCUUGAAAAGCUGUUGGGAAACUUGGGAUUAAUUUGUCUGGGAUUGUAAUGGGAGAGGUUCAGGGAAGGUCCAUUUCCCCCUAGGGACUGAUUAGAGUCACGUUCUACCGUGUGAAUCUUGGGGUUAAGUGUUGCCAGGAGUGUGAUCUUAGGCAUCUCCAGCAGGAAGAUCAGUUCAAAAUGUGGAAUGACAAAGAAUGUGUCCUCCUUUGUCAACACCUUCCUAAUAAAGGUAGAAGAGGGAGCCAAUACCUUUCCAAGCAUGGAGAGAAAUGGGAGAUGGUAGAAGCAUGAUGAUUUAAGAUCAGGGUCGGUCCAGAUGGUGUAAAGUUGGGGCCACCACUGAUUUGACUGACACACGGUAAAUCAUCUAGUAGCACUGAAGUUUAUGAGCAAUACAGGGAUCACUUCUAGGAGGAUGGAGGGUGUAGUUAAAUAUAAGAAACCCAUGAAAUACAGAGUCAUGUGUUUUACUGGAUGAAUCAAAAUGCUUCGCAUUAACUUAAUGCCAUAGUACUUCCUGGCUUGUAAUUCUGUAAGGUAAAGCACUUUCUCAAAGGAGUCUAUCGGAAAGCCACAUUUCAGCUGUUUGUUGAGCUUGAUAAAUGUUUCCAAAGAUAUAAUCAAAAUGUUUUUCUAUUGAUUAAAGAAGCAUAAAUAUUAAACCUAUCCAUAGAGACAUUUAAGUGUAAUUAAAAGAUUGUUAUGCUUUAAAGUGUACUCUAAUAAAUGCUAUAUAAUGCUCAUGAUGGCACUAUGAACUAGAGGACAUGGGUCAUCUACAUUGAUAAUAGGAAAAGUGGAUUAUAUGCCUUCUGGCUCAUUGUUCUAGUUUGUUUUGUUUGGUUUUUUUUAUUACUUCAAGGUUUGGUCUCCUCAAGGCAAAAAUCCUGAUGAUUUGCUUCAGUAAAAUUUUCUUGCUUUUGUUA